AUGCCCGUCACCGUGGGCGCGCCCGCGCUCCACUCGUCCGCCUCACGCUUCUCACAGGGCGCGGCGCCGGUGCGGCACCGUCAGGCCAAGCUGGCAGCGGGUGCAAGGCGGCGACAGCAGCUCGUGCGCAACCUCUUCACCGGCAUCGUGCAGGGCACGGCCGAGCUCGUCGACAUCAAGGACAGCCCCGGGCUGCGGACGGUGCGCGUCGCGCUUCCGCCCGCGCGCGCGGAAAACGUGCAGAUCGGCGCGUCGGUGGCCCUGAACGGCACGUGUCUGACCGUGACGGCGAUCGACGGGAACGUGUUGUCGUUCGACAUGAUCGAGGAGACGCUGCGCCGCACGAACCUCGGGGAGCUGCGGGAGGGCGGCGUGGUGAAUUUCGAGCGUUCUGCGCGCGUCGGGGACGAGAUCGGGGGCCACAACGUGUCCGGGCACGUCCACACCGUGGCCACGGUCAAGUCCGUCACUGAGACGGAGAACAACCAGCGCUGGGAGUUCGAGGUCGGCGACGCGGCGCGGUGGAUGAAGUACAUCUUUUCCAAGGGCUUCAUCUCCGUGAACGGGUGCUCGCUGACCGUGGGCGAGGUCACGGAGUCGACCUUCUCUGUGUACCUCAUUCCCGAGACCCUCCGCGUGACGACGUUCGGGGCCCUCCAGGAGGGCGCGCGAGUCAACAUCGAGAUCGACGCGAUGACGCAGUCGGUCGUGGACACCGUCGAGAUCGUCGUCAAGCGCACGAUGGAGGAGAAGGGCCUGUGA